ACUCAGGGAAGAAGCAUCUUGUACAUCUCCGCCACGUUAUUUUGUGAACUCAAUUCGGGUAGUGCUUUAAGUGGACAGCUAGCAGAUUAGGAAACUGAUAGGUCAACGGAGCGAGUUGAUAAAUGCAGAAAGAGCAUAUUGUAUUUUUGGAGACUAGUUUUCGUAUCGUAAUAAAGAUACAGAAUUUAAAUGUAGAGUUAAUACCUACACGAACUCCGUUCUUGUCAACUAGGUCUUCAUACUUGAUGUUUGUCAUCUUCGAUAUUUUCUACACUGAGACAGACAAUAGGAUGUAAAAAAAAAAGUACUCACUGUGUCACUCUUCUGCCACAGUCCUUGCUGCAGCUGUACUUAUAUAAUGUAGAUUGUUCUCGUCCGACAUUGUCGCUUUUGACAACUUCGGCAGGACAUGGACAUCUGCAACAACAACAGGAAUUCAUAAAUCAACUAUGUUAGGUCUCGCAGGAAGGUAAUCGUUUCAUGCAGACAGAAAAGUUCGGUGUUCUGGUUCGGUUGGUUCCACUCAUUGGCUGCUCUUUGAAGCCAUUUACGCGGAAAUUAUCUCAAAGCGAUCUGCAACAUGACUAUUCUCAGAGAUGAUCUCGGUCUCUCGCAGACAAGAAGAAACAACACUGUAAGUACAGACAAUCAUGACGACCGGCGAACGUUUGUCUCCAACGUCACGCCUGCAGCCAAACAUUUCGCCGCCAAACGUGUUUCUGAUUCCACACUGGUCUCCAUCUCUCUGGAAUCCAACGGCAGCAACAAAUCUCAAGCAGAUGCUGAGGUCGGUUUUCGUCGGUCUGGUGCUCGAGGUCGCCCAAGGUGUGGCGGUGUGACGACUUUCACUGUUCUAUUCAGUAUCUGCAGCAUUUUGGUGUCAGCCCUCCACAAUUACCUGCCUUCACAGAUUCCUAGCAUUGAAAAAGAAUUCGGCAUUAGCAGCACUAAGAGCGGCCUGCUGGUCAGCGCCAUUCAGAUGGGCUACCUUUCCGCCUGUCUGUUCCUGGGCCACCUGUGCAAGCAGACACAUAUCCCGCGUUUUCUCGCCUGGACGGUGUUCGUCUUCGGCAUGGCCGGCAUCGUGCCCGCGCUGGUGGAGUUCGCCGUUCAUCCGACUUUGCCCAAGAAGUCCGGGUCCUCGAUCACUCUUGUCAAUGCGUCCUCCUCGUCUGAGGCGUGGCGACAAGUCAGCACGCAGUCGAUGGGCUUGUCGUCCUCCACUUUCAAACAACAGCUUGCUUUCAACACAAGUAUAGAUUAUAUUCAAAAUUCAUUAUCAUCGUCAAUAUCAUCAUCAACAAGAGAAAUAUCAUCGUCGUCCUCCUCUUCCUUGUCAUCUCCAUCACCGUCAAUAUCUUUGUCAUCAAUGUCACCACACCUGCCAUCGCCACGGCCACCUCCACCCUUACCCGCAUUUUCCUCCUCCCAAUUAUCAUCAUCCUCUGGUCCAUCACGUGCUCCAGCUAGUACCGAAAUCCUCCCCGAUGGUUCGACGCAUGCGACCAGAUCGUAUGACACGCUUGCCACUGAGGAAUCUGUGACCGAAGCAGUCUUGCUGAGCUCAGUCGAUCCCCCUGAGUCCUCCGAAGUAGGGUCACUUACUCUUUCUCAUGCAGCCUCCUCAGUUAAUCGCCCCCAGCCCUUCUCUGCCGCUCCCCUAGGGCUUGGGCAGUCCCUGUCCUUCGGCAUGACGUCACCCGACCUCUCGUCUGCCUCGUCCAACGAGCCUGAUACGUCGGCCACUUCGUCACGUACGCACUCUGAGACUGUGACCUUUGCAAGGCUUUCGGUGACGACCAUCAAGACGUCGUUUCCAUCAUUUCCACCAUCAUCUCAUCCAUCGGAGGUGUUUCAUUCAACCACAAAUUUCUCGCGGAAUACACAUCUCGCAGAUCUUGCAUCAUCUACAGACUCGUUGUCGUCUGGCUCUCCUCCAACCUCGCAAUCUGACCACCAGGAAAACAUCACAUCUCUUUCGUUGUCCCCUCGCUUCUCAUCUGGCACACCGACAUUGCUUACCAGCAAGCCCCAGACUACAUCUCAGUCAGACCCUUUACUGUGUGAUCCUAACAGGGGCAAACAUCCAAGUACUGACCAGCAGGGAAAUGUGAAUAAUUUGCUUAACUCCCCUGCCGAUGAGGACGAGGAGGAGGCAGCUCUAGGAAAGAAGAACAGUUGGAUAGUCUGGUUGCUAGGAAUCUGUCUCUUCAUAAUGGGCGCUGCACGGUCAGCAGAAAUCUCUUUGCCCACGCACUACAUCGACAGCAACCUGGACGACAAGUCUAAGACAGGGGUACUGGCAGGUGUUAUCAUGACUGCUCUUUUUUUUGGUCCUCCUUUUGCGAUGCUCUUUGGAAGUUUCACCAGUCAUCUCCCCGUUGAUCUUUCGGACACACAAAUUACGACAGAUGACCCGCGGUGGAUUGGUGCCUGGUGGCUUGGGUUCCUGAUUCUAGGAGUGGCUAGCAUUGCGGCAGGGAUCCCAGUGUGCUUCAUUCCCAGGACCACCAAGACUGUCCCUGUAAAUGAAGAGAAAAUGACUAGUGAUGGCACUGUAGAGCUGCUGAAAGAUUUACCUCGCUCAUUGUGGCGACUCGCCAAAAACCGCGUGGUGAUGCUGGCGGCCUUGGCUCUCACCUUUGCCUCCACGGCCAGCAUCGGGUAUAUGGCCUUUGCCACUAAAUACCUGAUAAACCAGUUUCACUUGCCACUCAGCAGAGCAAACGUAGUUCUCGGAGUGUCCGGUGUGCUGACGGCUCUCCUGGGGACGUUUUUUGGGGGUCUGUUGUCUACGCGAUUCAAGCUGGAUGUGAUGGGGAACUUGAAGCUCGGAGCAGUCAAUACUUUGGUGGCCACAGUGGCCCAGCUCCUCAACUUGUUCUUCGGAUGCACGAAUCAGCAUAUCGUGGGAUAUGGGCAUACAUUGAUUAACAGUUCAGGAGAUGACAUCAACUCUACAUUUGACAUUGCACGUGAGUGCUCCUGCAACACAAGCGCAGUGCUUGUCUCUUGUGGAGACAACGGACAGAGUUAUCUAUCUCCUUGCUUUGCUGGCUGCCGCAACGUCACUGAAUCGAUUUAUGGAGAAUGCAGUGAGGUGUCCGGAGGUUCCUUAAUACCAGGGCUGUGUGACCCAGGCUGUGAGUUUUUCAUUCCCUACAUGGCAGUGUCAGCUGUGUCCGACGUGGCGACGGCACAAGCCCUGUUACCUCUCUACGUUGCUGUUAUUAGGAGUGUGGCGGAGACAGAUAAGAGUCUGUCGGUGGCUCUGCUGACAUUCCUUGUGACUUUAGGAGGUUUUUUGCCUGGUCCAAUCAUCUUUGGUCGCAUGGUGGACAAUGCUUGCAUUGUAUGGUCGGGGUCAUCGGGUGAUGGCUCCUGCCUCCUCUAUGACAACGAGUUGCUCCGAUACAGCGUAAAAGGUGCUGACUUGGCAAUAAAAGCAAUGACUGCUUUGCCUAUUUUUGUGGCAGUUCUGUGGAUCAUGCGAUCUCCAGACAGAGAUGUCAAAGAUGACAUUAGCAUCGAUAUUGACAGUCCGGGUACACCUGACAAACUUUUGGAAAAGAAAAUACCGAAUCUUACAACACGUCUGUAGAUUAUUACCGAUAUGCCUAUUUUCUUUUUUGUUUUAUUCUGGGUUGCUGGAUGACAAAUCUCGCCAUGAAUAUGAAGAACAUCGAGAAAUCCAAACAAGGUUUAGUCUUAACGGAUUUUUUGCCCCAAGAGUUGCUUAUACUUACUCUGCUGCGAUGUCUCUUAUGAGAAAAAAAAAAAAAAACCAAACUGCAAUAUAGUAACGACGCACGAAGAAAUGAAACACUUUUGGGAAAGCUUAUACUUUUUUAAAAAGAAUUUUUUUUUAUUUCAAGGGAAAAUGCAACAGAAAUCCCCCAAACAUGUUUUUAUUGAUUUUGAGCUGCGUGCGACACCUGUGACAAUGCUGCACAUGUUUUGCUGAGUUUCUCUGUACUAAAAGAAUUUAUUUCAUAAACCUUUAGAUUUUUCCAUUGCUGCUGUAUGAAUCAUCCAAUCUUUUUCGUUUUUCUGGUUAAGGAUUAAAAA